UGCACCCUUUGCGCAUCACAGAGAGCACAGAUACCAUCUUCUGAAGCUGCAAGUAUUUACCAAUCUAUCAAGAAAGCACACAAUCUUGGCGCUGUUUUGAGAUAUUGAACAACAAUAUAGGCAAAGAUGACCGUGUUUCGUGAUUUUUCUUCCUCGAUAUCGAAGAUAUCGAGUGCUACUCUCCGACAUCGUUUUUCUUGCCGCCAACCGAUGAUGAAUCUCGGAUUGGUCUUCUUGGCAGUGGCAAUGAUUCUGACAACCGGGGCUUUGUGUUUAUCCUCCCCAAGCACUAGCAAGCGUGUGCACGAUACGACAACCAUGGAAACUAAUGCAGCGCUAUCUAGAAGAUCCUGUUUGGCAACAGCUGCUGCAGGUCUAAUUACAGGAGCAGCAGCGGGAGAUAGCGGGAUUUUCGGCUCCGUAGUCAACGUCAAACCGGCUUUUGCUACGGAAACAUCGGCUGAUGCAGUAGAAACAAAAGAGUCAUCCUUACAAAGCACACUGCUAGACACCAAUCGAAACAACCUUCUCCAAUCGAUUCGAAACAACAACAGCGAAGCCGAGAUCUUAGCCGCUAUCGAUACGCUGGUGCCUUUAGAUCCGUCCGAGAACAAGGGAGCAACCAUGGCAAGUGACCUAGAUGGCGAGUGGGAACUUCUUUGGUCGGCAAAGGCCGAAGCCUUCAGUCCCUUGCUCAAGCUCCCCAAACCCUUCAAGCCGGAUUCCUUUCAAUACCUCGGAAGCGCCGCUGCCCAAGAGGUGGGCCCCGGUCGCGUGGCACAGGGCCUCACGGGAGGUAUUUUGGGGGCAAACACUCAGCUUUGGUUGUCUAGCGGGGUUCGACCUUCAUCAGACGACGCUUCCGUGUUGGAAAUCCUGCCGCCUUUUCGGUUCGAGGUGGGGGGCCGCUACGGGUCUGGGACUCCCAAGAAUCGAUUGGUCGAAGCGGGCAGCGACGCCGAAUUCCGCAAACUGAACGCACGAACGACCGAGGCUCAGGAAGCACCCAAGAAUAGCUAUAAACAGCUCUAUUUGGAGCGGGAAGGCAAGGGCUCGCUGCGAAUAUCGACCAUUACGGCUGGCGAUCCCGUCAUUGUGGGAGCUAUAUUUGUUCACCGGAAACUGUAGUGACAAACGCUGGACCCUAGUAGUGACUAAUACCCCGUUUAGACGUCGCCUAUGCGAACAGCGUCUCAUAAUACAAAACAUUCUGCUUAUUCAUGCCAUGUAUGAGAUAAGAUCAAGGAGUAUCAAAUGUUAAAGCGAAAGGUUUAUUAUGAGCGUUCAGAUCUCUUCUCUUCUCCACACUAUUCGCCGAAAAGGAUUUGGAUUUGUACCAGAUACACAUGUUCGCUUGCUAAGCUAGUCACUAAUGUUUCUGUGGACAAUGAAUUCACGCGGGACAAUGGUGCAAAUUCAACGCCCAGGAACAUUGUGUCGAUGAGUGGCCGCUGUAAUAGUAGCAUCAGCUUCUUCAGAUUGAAAUAAAGGUGAUCGGUUGUU